AUGUUGAACGGCGAAGAUCCGCCCGAGCGGCCCGACUACAUUGUCAAUAUCAUCAAUGGCCUGGAGCGCUACAACCCCGAGGCCGUUGUCAACCUCGAGGCCUACCUGCAGGAGCAGUGCGAGCAGAAGUACUGCGACUGCAAUGCGAACCGGACACUCCUGAAGCUGUACCAGCUCAACCCCGACCGCAUGAAGGAUGAGGUCGUUACCAACAUCCUCGUCAAGGCCAUGACCCAGUUCCCCUCGCCGCAGUUCAGCCUCGCCCUGCACCUCAUCAACCCUUCCACCAUUGCCCAGGGCGAGCUUGCCGAGGCCGUUACCAAGCUGCGCACCCUUAACACCCAGCUCGAGGGCUCCGAGUACGCUCGCUUCUGGAACACCAUUGACGGCGACGAUCUCUGCGCCGACCUCAUCGCCGAUAUCUCUGGCUUCGAGGACCUCAUCCGCACCAACAUCGCCAACCUCGUCGCCCAGGCCUUCCGCGAGGUCAGCCUGUCCCAGCUCGAGUCGUGGCUCGGCCUCGACUCCGACGCCGCUGCCAAGUUCGUCACUGAGGUCGCCGGCUGGACCGUCGGCGACAACGGCGUUGUCACCGUUCCCAAGAACACCGAGAACGAGGCCAAGAAGUCGGAGAUCAGGGAGGACGUCAACGUCGACAUGUUCUCGAGGGUUAUCCGGAGAUCAUGGAGGAGACUGUGUAAAGGAGAAGAAACAGACCAGUACAUUAUAAGCUGCUGCUGCUGGGUUUUCGGGUGA